UUUUCAUUUAUCUAUUAACAUAUUCAAACAGUCUGUGAUAAAUUUCUGUAGAAAAGUCUGUCGUAGCACUUUGAAGCCAAGAAAAAAACAAAAUUUGUGAAACAUUUAAAAAUUCACGUAGUCAACCAUAGAAGUCAAGAGAAUUCCUAGUGACGGUAUGGACUGGAUAACACUACGUGAGCAAAACUGCCUGUAUGCAGAUAAGACUGCUUACCUCGAACAUAUGCUAAACGCCUCCUACUACCAGCCUAAAUUCUUCCUCAUGCAUCGUCCUCGUGGAUUUGGAAAGUCUUUGUUUCUACAAAUGGCGGAGUGUUUUGUUCGUGGAAACAAAUCUCUAUUUCAAGGUUUGAAAAUUCACCACCGAGAUAAUACUCGUAUUAAACAAUUAUUUCACUGGCAGGGGCGUACAAAAGCAAAAAAAUGGCUCAAAUGUCCAGUAAUUCAUCUUGAUUUUGAAGAUAUCGCGCAAUUUGAAACUAUGGACCAGUUUAAAAAUUCUUUCUCCCAACAGCUGAAGAAAAUCGCGAAAAAUUACGAUCUGUCUUACUCAGACACUGAAUUUGAUAUGAGUACAUUUAUAGGCAACAUUCUCAAUCUCUACGAAUUCUAUAACUGCAAAACCAUCAUUCUUAUUAACGAAUAUGAUGCACCUUUCAGGCGAGCAUUGUAUAACAAUAAUCCUGAACUAGCAGAAAAAAUUAAAAUCUUUAUCACUACUUUAUUAGAUAGUUUCACUAUUAAUAAGGGUAAAAUGUGGGACAUCCAGCAGAGGCUUGUAUUAGUUCUGGCAUUGGGCACUUCGAGACUCCAGAUGGAUAGUUUGAAAGAUACUUAUGAUGAUUUGACGUUCGAUGAGAAGUAUGCGGGUGCUUUUGGUUUCACAAAUGAAGACAUUGAAAAUUUCCAUCCUGAAGUUACCCACAAAUUCGAUCUGAAAAAUCGAAAAGAAUUUGACGAAUUUACUGACGAAUUGAGAAAUAUAUACCAUGGUCAUAAUUUUGCUUUCCGGAAUAGUACUAAAGAUGUGAACGUGUGGAAUCCAGCAUCCAUCGUAAAUUACCUGGACAAGCAAACAUUUGUACAUAAUUGGAUCUCAAACGAUUCUAUGAAGGAGAUAGUUCGAAAACUAUAUUUUUCCCAAAUCCCUUUGAAACGAUUUGAAAAUUUACAAGUAUCGAAGAAAGAAAUUCAGCGAGGACGUACUAAUCCGACCAUAAAGGGGAUUCCGAUUGAAAUUUUAAUGUUUGAAAAUGGGUAUUUGACCAUCUCAACUUACAAAGAAGGAACAGAAAGUGUCACGUUGAAGUUACCCAGUGCAGAAAUCAAAACAGCUUUGGAAAGCGCAAUCAAAAAAUACCAUCCAGCAAAGGAAGAUUACAUUCUGAGCGAGACCUCCUGUAAGCGAGAACUAACAUGGUACCUACAUAUGGGUGACACAGUAGGUACAAUGGAUGCGUUGAAGUGUAUUUUCAACACUCUUGACCAAGAGAAAAGUGGAUUCAACGUGACUGCAAAAUUGAUUGAACUCAUAAGCCACACAGAAAUAUUUUAUUUCGAAUCACUGAAAUUACCAAAGGAUAACUCGUCUUUAGCAGAACCAGGAGAUGUCAUUAAUGUAUCUGCUUGGUUUUAUGAUUCGAGCUUUGCAUUCAAAAUAGAUCAUUGUCCCAUUCUUGCGAUUGAAAAACUUAUCCAGUAUAUGGACCUUCACUCAGAUUCAUUCUUGAAGGCAGUUGACAAUCCGAAACAAGUUUUCUUGGUGGGUAUGAACUUUACAGCACAAGCUGGAGGAAACCUGGAUCAAUGGAUAACCAUACCCUGGAAGAAUGGUAAUCUGAUGCAUGAUCAGAUCAAGGCAUCAUCAGAGACCUUGAUACAAGAAUUAUGCCAGAAAAUCAAGGCAACUAAAAAUGGACUAUAGGGCGUGUGAUGAGCUCGUGGAGGGACAAAGUGGGGACAGCUAUGUACAGAAUGGCCAUUUUCAUAUCUGUUUUACUACAUUUUAAUAAACUUAAUCAUGCAUGUUGCCUCGAGUUAUUUUUCAAAACCGUGGUACCUAACAUAAUUUUUUUUAAAGAAAUGACUACUUUUUUCACUACCUGUUUUCAACUAAAUUUUUAGAAAGCUCUCCACUCGACCUUCUUCCCUCCCUUACACACAAAAAAAUUAACGAAAAAUUUCCAAAAAUAAUUGAAAUUGAAAAAAAAUUUUGCAUACGAAGUAUUCAUUCUUAAUCGAUGUUUUCAAUAAUUUGAAGGUUUUUACCGCGUGUUUGGAUUUUUUCAUUUUUUACUAGAUACCUUUUUGACCAAAUUCACUACUUUUUCAUUACUCUUGCUACCCAUUUUUAAAAUCAUCACCUUUUUCAAUACUUUCACUACCGGUUAGAUACCCCGUAUUGUGAAGGAGGAAAAAUGACGCUAAUGUUAAUUUGGACGGUUUUUAAACCACUUUUCAGAAAAUCUGAAAUUUCCAAAAUAUACCCGAAGGCUCUAGAGCAGCCCAAAACCACCUCCAAUCGAAUCAGCAUAUUAAAAAUAGGGUACAAAGUGAAUUUCAUUUCAACAACUCCAUUGGGUAAAAUGUUGUAGAAAUUUCAAUUUUCAAAACCCUGCUGGGGUGCUCCGGAACUACCUGCACUCAAAAUGGUUCGAAACCGUUUCCAAUCAAUUUGUAGGUUCCAAAACGGGGCACACGCCAAAUUUCAGCUCUCUUGGUCUUUUCGGUGACAUUUUGAUAUUUUUCAUUUUUGACCCAAGUUUGAUUUUUUAAAAAUCAAUAUCUUUUGUGAACUCAAAAAUUUGACCUACUGUUUCCAAAUUCCUAUUCGGAAAAUCAGAUCAUCUCAAUUAUUCAAACCCGAUGGGCAAUUAUUUCAGCUGAUUUUCAAAUUCCGUGAUUUUAGAAUUUUUUUUUUUUUUUAUUUGCCAUUGAAAAUAAAAGUCACUUUUCUCAUAACGAUUAUAAGAUUGCUUACUUAUUCUCACACGCGAGUUCAUAUUCUAUCACUUUUGGAAGGAAAUUUGUACUCACCUGAAAUAUAAAAAAAUUAAGGUGGAUUAGUUAGUUAUAAAAUUAUCGAUGAAUCAACAGAUACAAAAGUAAAAAGUCUGAUGAUCUGGACGUUUAAUAAAGAGCCAGAAAUGAAUAUUCACAAAGAAAGUAUCAUAAAAAUUGUAAAAUUGAUUGUGAAAAUCACUCAAAAAUAUAAAAAUUUGAUCGACUAUAAGAAUAUGACAAAAUGGAGAAAAAUAAAUUACAAAAGAUAAAUUAUUACGAAACAAUAAACAUUCCAAUUAUAAUCCAAUUUGGGACAUUCGGCAAUUACUGGCAAAAAAUGAUACCUUUUGCAAUUAUUCUUUGUUAGAAUAGUCAGACUAUUUUGCAACUUUUUGGUAAUUUCUGAGAUAAAACGGAGAUUUUUGAAAAUUUUUGGCAAAACAGCGAGACUUUCGCAACUUUAGGCAAAAAAAUUGUGAAUUUUUGCUGUUUUUUGCAGAAAGGCAGCCAAAAAUUAAAAUAUUUAAGUAUUUACUCAAUUUUUUGCAAAAAGUGAAAUUUUUUAGCAAUUUCCAGAAAAAAUAAACUUUUUUGAAAUUUUUCAGAUUUUUGGGAAAGAAGCGAGUUUUUGUUGCAAUUUGGCAGAAAGCGAGAAUUUCCAUCUAUUUAUGUCAGAAAGCAAUCCCAUUUGGAAAUAACAAUUUUUUUGAAAUUUUUGUCGAUGGAAUGAGACUUUUCUGUAAAUCUAUCGUAAAAAAGUGUUUUUUUUUUUUUAAGUUGGCUAAAAGCCAAACUCUAAACAUUUCAGUAGAUGGGCAAGACUUUUUGUCAAUUUUUCAAAAAACCAAAAAAAAUGUGAAACAUUCGGAAUUUUUUGCAAACAACGGACAAUUUUUAGCAAUUUUCGGCAGUUUUGAAAAAAAUCGAGCUUUUUGACUAAGUAUUCUUGGCAAAAAUAUCAUUUUGACUUUUUCCUCGAAGAAGAGUUUUUUUAAAUGAUCAAUUUCUUUGCCGUCCCUCCCUCCUUCCGAUUAGAAAGACACUCUUGCAAUAUGACGUUAAUAUUUUUCUAGAAAUAUACUUAUCCACAAUUUAGAGACGUUUUCAUUUAAAGAAAAAUUAGUUCAAUGAGAGACCCACGACACAUAAAACAUAGGUAUCCAUGUCAAAAGCGAUACUUUAGGACAAUCUGUACUUAGGUGCCACCAAAUCCAUCAAAGAAAUUCAAAGAAAUUCAGCCUUUAGUACGUAGUUCUUUCAUCUUUUAAGCCAUUCAAUUUUACAAAUGAAAAUUUUGUACACCUAUUACAUAUAAUAGGGGAAACAUUUAAAAACUGACAAAAACGGACUUAUUGAUACUGCUGAGUUCAUUCAAAGGUGGAUUUCCAAAGGAGAGAUAAAAGAAUAUAAAAAAAACUUUUCCAAUGCCUAAAGGGAUAGAAAAAAAAGACUUUGUACCUAAUUAUUAUUUUAAAUUACCUACAUUCAAUUUGUUUUCUACCAGGAUACGGAAGCUCCAUUCUUUUUUUAAAAAUCAAUUUGAUUUUUGAUUGAAAAUUCUUAUCAAAAGGAGAUAGGAUGGAUAAAUUUUAUGAUGAUGAAUGAUCGAAUUUCAUUUAUAGAAAAUCUCUUCCUAAUCUUAUAAUACGUACGAUUGAAACGCGAUAAUCAGCGUUGAGGCGGUACAAUUUCAAGUAAAUAUUGACUUGAAGAACUUUUUUUCAUUUAUUUAUUAACAUUUUGAAACAACCUGUGUUAAAUAAUUCCUCCGUAGCUGAACUUUGAAGACAAGAAAAAAAGGAAAUUUGUGAAACAGUUGAAAAUUCACAUUGUCAACCAUGCCUACUUCGUAAAUUUCUGUUGUAAUCAAGGUAUAGGCAUUCAUUCAGUAUGUUUUCAGUAUUUGUGUUUGUAAUUUCUUUGCAAUUUUCGAGCUGGCUCCCAAUAACUUCGUCUGAGUCAACAUACAAAUCACCGACAUCUGUUCCAGAAGUCAAGAGAAUUCCUAGUGACAGUAUGGACUGGGUAACACUACGUGAGGAAAACCAUCCAUAUGCAGAUAAGACUGCUUACCUGGAACAUAUGCUAAACAGCUCCUACUACAAGCCUGAAUUCUUCCUUAUGCAUCGUCCUCGCGGAUUUGGAAAGUCGUCGUUCCUCAAAAUGGUCGAGUGUUUUGUUCGUGGUAACGAAUCUCUAUUUCAAGGUCUGAAAAUUUACGACCAAGGUAAUAGAAAAUUCAUUUACACUGAUAUCCCUCAAUACAUGAAUCGUUGGGGGUCUCCAUCCCCAGAAGUCACAUGGAUCAACUGUCCAGUAAUUCAUCUGGAUUUCGAAGCUAUCACACAAUUUGAAACCAUGGACCAGUUCAAUAAUUCUUUCUAUGAACAGCUGAAGAACAUCUCACAAAGUUACAAUCUGUCUUCCUCAGAUAGUGAAUUUGAUAUACAUACAUUGAUAGACAAUCUUUUCGAAAAUUGCAUGUACUGCAAAACCAUCAUUUUUAUUAACGAAUAUGAUGCACCCUUCAGGCGAGCAUUGUAUAAAAAUAAUCCUGAAUUGGCAGAAAAAAUUAAAUUCUUCAUCGCUACUUUAUUCGAUAGUUUCACUAAAUCCAACUACCGUCUGACCCUCAAGUUAGUUCUGGCAUUGGGCACUUCGAGACUCCAGUUGGAUAGUUUGAAAGAUACUUAUGUUGAUUUGACGUUCGAUGAGAAGUAUGCUGGUGCAUUUGGUUUCACUGAAGAAGACAUUGAAAAUCUCCAUCCUGAAAUUACUCAUAAAUUCAAUCUCCAAAAUCGAAAUGAAUUUGACGAAUUUACUAGCGAAUUGAGAAAUAUAUACCAUGGUCAUAAUUUUGCAUUCCGAAAUAGUACAAAAGAUGUGAACGUGUGGAAUCCAGCAUCCGUUAUAAAUUAUCUGGACAAGAAAACAUUUGUAUAUAAUUGCAUCUCAAACGACUCUAUGAAGGAGAUAGUUCGAAAACUAUAUUUUUCUCAAAUCCCUUUGCAACGAUUUGAAAAUUUACAAGUAUCGAAACAAGAAAUCCUGCGAGGACGUAGUGAUCCGGCCGUCCAGGGGAUUCCGAUUGAAAUUUUAAUGUUUGAAAAUGGGUAUUUGACCAUCUCAACUUACAAUGAAAGAACCAAAAGUGUCACGUUGAAGUUUCCAAGCGAAGAAAUCAAAACAGCUGUGGAGAGCGCAGUCAAAAAAUACCAUCCAGCAAAGGAAGAUUACAUUCUUAGUGAGACCUCCUGUAUGAGAGAAGUAACAUGGCACCUACACAUGGGUAACGCAGUAAGUGCUAUGGAUGGGUUGAAAUGCAUGUUUAAAACCCUUGCCCAAGAGGUAAGUGGAUUCAACGUGACCACAAAAUUGAUUGAAUUCAUAAAACGUACCGAAAUAUCUUAUUCAGAAUCAUUGAGAUUGCAAAACGAUAACUCGUCUUUAUCGGGAGCAGGUGAUGUCAUUGACUUAUGUGCUUGGUUUUAUGGGAAGAGCUUUGCUUUCAAAAUAGAUCAUUGCGCCAUUCUCGCGAUUGAAAAACUUAUUCAGUAUAUGGACCUGCACUCAGAUUCAUUCUUGAAGGCAGUUGACAAUCCGAAAGAAGUUUUCUUGGUGGGUAUGAACUUUACAGCAAAAGCUGGAGGAAACCUGGAUCAAUGGAUCACCAUACCCUGGAAAAAUGGUAAUCUGAUGUAUGAUCAAAUGAAGGCAUCAUCAGAGGCCUCGAUACAGGAAUUUCACCAUAAAAUUGAGACAGCCAAAAAUGGACUAUAAGGCUUUGGAGGGGCUCGCGGAGGUACAAGCACAGAGUGACUGUUUUCCUAUCUUUUUUACUACAUUUUAAUAAACUUGACUAUGCAUGUU